GUCGUCGUCGUCUUCCUCCACGUCUGUUUGUCGUGCCGGCCGUGGAACACACGUCGCAAGCGGAGGGCAUCAACGAGAAGGCCACGCACGGACCGACCGAUGGCGAACAUGCAGGCAGGCGCGCCACAAGUGGCAGGUCAGGGCGGAAGUCUCCCUUCGACGGCGGCGCCCCGACGACGGUAUGAUCCAUCGUCGUACAGCCAUCUGCAGUCCUGGGAGACGCCGCUGCCCCCAUCGGACGAGGAGGUGGAGGCGGAGGAACUAGGGACGUUGCCUUUGGCCAGCGGAUCGACCCAGUUGUUGUUUUCGCAGCCGCUGAUAGCAGGAGGGUCAGCCAGCAAGGAAGGCGGCGAGUUCACAUCCCUCCUGGAAGCAGGCUUGGACCGCGACGACGACGGAGAAGUUCAUCUGAGGUUCGGGUUGUCGUCGGGCAGCGCGAGACAGGCUAGCCGGACAUUCAUCAUCGAAGAGCAACCUUCGCCACGUUCCCUGCAACGUCCGCGAGGAGAGCACAUGGAACAGUUGACACUUUGUGGCGGUGCUUCCCUUACUGCACGUGCCGGGCCGUCAUCGACAGCGCGCCAGCGUGGACCGAGCACGCCGUCCGUCGAUCCACUACCAAAGACAUUGCUCGCACGCAGCGAGGUAUCGGCAGCAGCCGCACGCAUCAGCGGAGUCGCGGCAGCACCCGCCCGCAAUAGCGUUGGGCGAUCAAAUAUGUCCAACCCCGCACCCAGGCCCGAGGAUGAAUUCAGAGGCGAUCCCGCUUGCAGACCGGUGGUGCAUCCGCAGCCUACGGUGGAGAACAUAACAGAGGGAGUGUCGAACAUGAGGGCACAUAGCGAUGGUGUCGACGAGAAUGGCAGUGCUGACGACGAUGCCGACGAUGGAUUCAGGGAGGACGUCGAAGCCGUUGACGACGACGGCGAUGCGCCUAUUCGGCCUUUGGGGAAGGCGGGUGGGAGGGGGAGAGGACGUGGCAAAGGUGGUGGUCGCGGUCGAUCCGCAGGGCGUGGCAGCAGAGUAGCCGACGGCGACGAUGGCGGGAAAUCAGCGACAUAUUGGUCCACAGACGAUCAACUCCUCGUGGUGCGCUGCAAGUGGGAGCAGGACAUGCACCUUGCCGGCCUUGGGCACAACUACGGUCGGAUGCGAACGAAAGAAUGGAAGUGGGAGGACAUCGCAAAACGGAUGGCGAACGCGGGCAAUUUCUUCAGGCUGUUAAAUGAAGAGAGGAAGGACCACAAUUUCAAGUUUCAGAUGGAGAGAGCGCUCUACAACGAGAUACAUGGAGGCAUGUUGGAAAACCACACCAUUUUCCCUCCCAACAUCGCAGACACAGGUAAUCCGGACGGCGUGCAGCUGCCAAGACGAGGAGCGGGCGGUGGGGAGUCUAUUGAUAGUGAGGCGGCCGGUGAUGGGUGGGCGGAAAAACGUUCUUCGCCGAGGGAGUCCGACAGCAAUGUGGGCAGCGGGGCCCGAAGCAUGAAGCGGAAGAACACGCGACAGCAGGCGCUGGAGUCCAUCGUCGACGUCAUGGAUCUGCACGGCGCGCUGAUGUCCUCGACGAUGGAGUCCUCCAGCAAGCGACAAUGCAGCGUUUUGACGAGGCAGUGCGACAUCCUGGAGCAGGAAGUUGCAGUUCAAAAAGAGCACUACGCGGCGUCCGAUGAAACGCAGAGGAUGAUGUGCCAUGCCUUGAUGGAGAUCGUUGCCGCCAUUCGUGGUCGCUCUACAAUCUUUCGCAGUGGCAGAAUGGCUCCGAGGCGAGGAGGCGGCGGUCAAGCUCGUGGAAAAAAACGUGAUGCGAUCACUGAACAGACGACAGGCGGUUCAGGUGGGGGACGUCACAUGACGAAGACGAAACGGUCACGUCAGGACGCGAGUUCUGUCAGCGGCACGCACUUGGAGGACGAUGGUUGGGGAAGACCAAACGACGGCGAAGGCCACAACGAGACAGGAUACCCCGCUAUGGAGGAGGUAGCGCGAAUGAAGCAAGACCAGAUCACACCUGUUACGACGCCGCAAGGGAGACAUCGCGAAGAUGCAGGAACCGGGACAUCUGCGGCGACGCCACGUGUGCAACAAGCAGUCGGCGAACAAGGAUCUGGCGGUGCGGCGACGCCACGUGUACAACAAGCACUCGGCGAGCGAGGAUCUGCCGGUGCGGGAGAAGCGGCCAUGCUUGGAGAUCAGGCGCAGGUUCACGGCGCCGCUGCGGUCGUGGGCGAAGCGGCGGGCACACCUCGUGAAACGGGAGGAGGGGGGCGGAAGGUCGAGGAGGCGGCGAGGACAUUGGAGAUCCCCCGCGCGGAGAAGAGAAAGGCGAUGGAGGACGACGAGCCGCUUGUUAACAGGGUCCGCAAAGGUGGAGUGGUGAAAGAACUGGCUGAUUGGGCGAAACUAUGGGUGGACGACAAGUCGUUCUGGACGUCGGGGGAGGGCCGCGGGCUGUACAACAUUGUGAACGACGCACGAGAGUACCUCGUCGCCAUCGCCAGAGGAGUUCCUUUGCCGAAGGUCCCCAGAAGUUUAGCCUUGCCGAGGUCGAACGUCACGGUGACGAGGCUCACUGAUUCCGCGCAGUUUCAGGGGGCGAUGAAUCGCGUGUCGAAGUGCCAGAACAUGGUGAUGCGUGUUCUGCACGGAUGGGUCUUCAAGUCCGGAAGCAGGGAGAGGGGGUACACUCUCGCCUUCCAGUACCUCCUCGAAUCGGUGGCCACGGACUUCGCGCGCGCGAUGUGGCUCGGAGAGGACCGGAGCAACGUCAUCAGCCCCGCCAUUUGCACGCACACUCUGGAGCUCGGGAUGGACCUGCCUCUGUGCUACGCAGGUGCUUACAUCGAAGACAGGCCCCGAGACGACGACAUGGCUGCUUACCAGGAAGCGGCUGCCAUGCGACUGAUUGCUGCGUUCAGCGCAGCGGUAGAAAUAGGGAAGGCGGUGGAUGGAGGAUGCAUAAGUCAGGACCGUUUGUCCCGUGUUGCGAAGAGCUUGAAGGUCCUCUUGGCGGCUGCCAUGUGGAUAAUGCGAUUGGCAGGAGACGAUCCGAGGUCUCAUUACGAAGCUUUCUACUUCUACAACCUCGUCGCAAAGCCCAUUAUGGUGGCGUCCAUGCACCGCAUCUUCGAUCAUCGUUGCCACACCUUGGCCGCCGCAAACGCCGCAACCGAGCGACUGGGGAAAGCGCAGUUGACGUUGGGUCACGCGCCGUAUUUCAUCCCGGACUGGGCUAAGUGCGGGGUGAGAUUCGGCCAUGACGCGAGUUUGAGUGGACCCGACGAGGCGAGAGGGCUUGAUUGGUUGGGCACAGGCCCUCCGGCGUGCGAGGACGACGACGACGACGAUGAUGAUGCCGAAGACAACGGUGAUGAUGAUGCCGACGUUGAUGAUAACAAUGAUGAUGAUGAUGAUGGCGACGAUGAUGAUGAUGAUAACGACCACGAUGAUGAUGAUGGUGAUGAUGACGUUGAUGGCGCUUGUGAUGAUGAUGAUGAUGAUGAUGAUGAUGAUGAUGAUGAUGAUGUUGAUGACGAAGACGAUGAUGAUGACCACGACGACGAUGAUGACGACGAUGAUGAUGAUAAUGACGAUAACGAAGAUGAUAACCGGUCGGAGGUGGCGCGGGCAAGGUACUUUUUUGUGUUUGUUUUCGGUCGAGCAGGGCGCUGCUCGACGAUGUAAAUACAGUGGACUCGGAAGUGCGAUCGGUUCAGCAAGGGUCUUUUCGUGUUGUUGCAGAUAUCUGCUUCUGCUUGUCG